CACGAACGAAGGUGUGCAAGGGCAAGCAGCACCAACAAACCAAUCAAUUGCACACAACGAAUGGUUCGGAAGGAACGCAGAAUAUGAUAAUUUGUAUGUUCAGCAAUCAAAAGCAUUUUUCGAAUUGUGUGCUCAGCUCAAUGUGACUAUUUACAGAGGCAACAGGAAGUAUCAAAAAAUAAUGGACCAUCUUGCAGUUGCACAAGCAUAUUCGAUGCAUGUUCUCUUCGAAACACGGUUUUGUGCCAAGCUUUCGCUAUUCCCCGAGUUUAUCUCUGUGUAUCACCAAUACACGCGCUUUCGUAUGAAUGUUCAGAAAAUCUGUAUCAGAACCAAGCUGAUCUCAAUUUACAUUGCCAGCAAGAUAGAAGCUGUCCUGCCCAGGUUACUGUACUACAGCAGUAUGCGUCAACAGUACAACACUGAUCUGAUAGCUACCCGCCUGUUUGUGAGAGAUGUGCUCAUCAGCGAACUCCUGGUUGCUCUUGAUACUGGCAUAAAUAUAGUCAGUAGA